AUGGGUGAAGAGCAACAACAAAAUCCAUCAAACCAACAACCACCAGAUCAACAAAAUCAAGCAGAUCAACCACCAAGACUUGCAGCACUUCAACUUUCAAAGGUUGAUAGAGAUGAUUUCUGUAGAAUCACUGAACAAGGAAAGAUUGCAAAGUUUAUUGACGAUCAAGUUGGUCAGGCAUUUAAAGCUAUCCCAGAAUUUUCAGAUAGCAAAGCCAGUGAAUUCAAAAAGGGUGUUGAGGAAGCCAUGAGUAUAAUCCCAGGUCUUGCUGAUUACUUUAUGAACCCUGAUAAGUAUGAAUCAACUUACAAGAAUGUACCUGGUCUUUAUUUACAUCCUACAGAUGUUAAAUUGAACGCUCUUCAUCUCCAAAUGGUGGACAAUCAGUUUUUCGUUCGCAUCACGAAUGAAAACAAAUUCAAUAUUCAUCUUUUAUUGAAGAACAACAAUGAACGUUACAAAAUGAAGGAUUUAUUAGAAUUUUUAGAAGUUACUCAAAGUACCAAUGUCAUCGAUGAUUUCAACACGAAAUUAGCCGCUCAUGCUACUUUAUUGUUCGGGGAUGAAAGCACUUUAUUUGGUGCAGAAUAUAAUUUAGCAAAAGAAGAAUGCAACGGUUCUUCCGAUAUGGGCAAUUUCAUCAUAAUGAUGGAUCCUAUGUAUGUCUUGACUUAUGAUAGAUGUCGUAAGAAAAGUGCAAACUUGGCAUACAUCUACAGUGAAAUCUUGUACGAAACCUACAAGAAAUGGGUUGAUCAUUGGAAAACAAGUGAACAACAAACAAAUCUUCGCCACGUCAACUACACCUUCCAUUGGCCAACCAUGAUCGAAUUAAGAACGACCAUUAGACGUCAUAAGGAUUUUGAUCCCAAACUUGAAAUUAACACCAAAAACAUUAAUUCAGUUACUUCUUCUAAGAACAAUAAUAGAGGAAACCGUGGAAACAAUGCUACCAAGGGUAAGAAAGGUGGUAACGGUGGAAACAAUGGUAAUGGUGGUAAUAAUGGAAAUGGUGGUCAUGGAGGUAAAGGUGGUAAAGGUGGUAAAGGUGGUUAUUUUAACAAAAAGAAGAAAGGUCAAGAUGACAAGACUGGUAGUCGACACGAACUUACCACUUGUGUUGACAAAACCACCAAGAAUAAGGUGAAACGUAUUGAUUUGAAAAAAAAUAAAAUCAAUUUGAUCUAUGUACUGAAAAUCCUACAAUUCAAGCAACUGAAACUUAAAUUCAAGAAAUCACACUUGGUUUAUGAUAGUGGUUGUACUUCGACAGUUAUUGGUAAUAUGGAUAUAUUGGAUGAUUUUGAUAAAGAUGAUAUUGAUGAAUUUAGACUACCAAAUAAUCAAGCGGUACACUCGAAAGGAAGUGGAAUACUCAACAUUCGUGUCAACGGUUCCGACAUUAAAUUAAAGGCCUCAUACAUUCCCCUGUUGAAUCAUAAUUUAGUUUCUAUAGACGACCUUUAUAGAUUAGGCUAUAAUACAUUAUUCAGCAAUUUAGUAACAUUAAUUAAUGUAGCCACAGGCAAGAAAUACAAUGUUGGAUCAAGAUGUAAAUCAAGUAGAUUAUUAGUCGGACCGUUGCGCGGAAAUUUUUCAAAAGAGAAAUCACAAGAAGAAUUAUUUGAUGAUUUUUCAUGGGUAUUCAAUAUAUCAUCACCAAGAAUCAGUAACAUAGAAUCAAACAUCCCCAUAAAUGAAGGUAAUACAACCACUGGCGUAUCUAUUGCGGGUCAACAAGGCAAUUCAACGACUUCCAAUGAGAAUGUGAAAAAGAGGAAGAAAGAUUUCAAAUAUCCACAAGCUUUGAAGAAUCAGUUAAUCCCUGAACAUUAUCAUAAUUCACCAUGGUAUUAUUAUCAUCUUAAUUGCAAUCAUUUGUCACCUGCUAAGAUGAAGGCUAAUGUGAGGAAAUAUAAGUUGAAGAUCCCAGUAGAUUCCGAGUCAACCAGAUUAAUCAAAGAGUGUCGAAUUUGUUUAGUGGUUAAUAGUCAGCAAAUUCCACAUAAUCUCACUACUCAACGUCCUCCAGUUCGUCGUCUUGACAGAGUUAGUUCUGACACAAUUGGUCCAUUUCAAUUAUCUGGAAGAAAGAUGUAUAUUACAACUUUAAUUGAUCAUCAAUC